AUGGGACAUUUCGUAACGGUUGCGACGUGCAACCUCAACCAAUGGGCCCUCGACUUUGAAGGUAAUACACAACGUAUUAUUGAAAGUAUUCAGCAGGCAAAGGCCGCAGGAGCAAAGCUGCGAGUUGGUCCGGAGCUGGAAAUUUGUGGAUAUGGCUGUCUCGAUCAUCUUCUAGAACAAGAUUUGUUCCUAGCAUGUUGGGAAAUGCUAGAGAGGAUCUUGACUGAUGAGUCUUGCAAUGAUAUUUUACUGGACAUUGGAAUGCCCGUCCAACACCGAAAUGUUCGAUACAAUUGUCGAGUAAUUUGCCUGAACGGAAAGAUUCUUUUAAUCCGACCGAAGAUGUAUCUUGCAAAUGAUGGCAACUACAGAGAGAUGCGCCACUUUACUCCAUGGUGCCAGCCUCGAGCAACUGAACAGUUUCAUCUCCCCCGCCGCAUUCAACGUCUGCAGGGAGCAACGCAUGUUAUUUUUGGAGAUGCAGUGAUAUCCACCCCGGACACAUGUAUUGGCGCGGAGACAUGUGAAGAGCUUUUUACACCUGAUAGUCCGCACGCCCAUAUGGGUCUUGACGGUGUAGAAGUGUUGACCAACAGCAGCGGUUCACAUUUUACAUUGCGUAAGUUGGAGACUCGUUUACAGCUCAUCAUGGAAGCAACCAGGAAGAACGGCGGUAUCUAUCUCUAUGCGAACCAGCAAGGGUGCGAUGGUGAUCGAUUAUACUAUGACGGUUGCGCAAUGAUUAUCGUCAAUGGAACAAUGGUGGCCCAAGGAACACAAUUCAGCUUGAAUGAUGUCGAAGUCGUGACGGCAACGAUAGAUCUUGAGGAAGUCCGCGCCUAUCGCUGUUCCAUGUCAAGAGCUUUCCAGGCAGCCCAGUCCAAGGCCAAAUACGAACGUAUUCAGACUAGCUUUGAGUUGAGCAGCGAAGAAGAUGAUAUGGAUCUGACUCGUGGUCCAAGCAUCCCUAUUACUCCUCGCUACCAUUCACCUGAGGAGGAGAUUGCUCUCUGCUCCGGCUGCUAUUUGUGGGAUUAUCUUAGAAGAAGCGGAGUUGCAGGUUAUUUGGUCCCGCUGUCCGGAGGUAUUGAUUCUUGCGCCACGGCGACUAUCGUCUUUUCAAUGUGCCGACUUGCUAUUGAGGCUGUCAAGGCUGGAAAUGCCCAGGUGAUCGAAGAUGUCAGACGACUCGCCAAGUAUUCAGUUAAGCUGCCGGAGACUCCACAGGAACUUUGCAACCAGAUCUUUCACACUAUCUACAUGGGCAUGUCUCAACAGUCGUCCAAAGAGACCCGUCAGCGAGCAAAGGACUUGUCGGAAGCCAUUGGAAGCUACCAUGUGAAUUUGGAUAUUGAUGAGGUCUAUCAUGCACAGAAAGCCCUUAUCAAAACUACUCUUGGAUUCGACCCCAAGUUCAAAGUUGAGGGAGGAACGCAAGCUGAAAAUCUCAUGCUUCAGAAUAUUCAAGCACGGUCUAGGAUGGUAACAGCGUAUGAGUUUGCACAGAUAUUGCCAACGACACGAGGACGUCCAGGGGGUGGGGGCUUAUUGGUGCUUGGGUCUGCCAAUGUCGGUGAAUCUUUGCGAGGAUACCUCACAAAAUACGACUGUUCAAGCGCGGAUAUUAAUCCGAUUGGAAGUAUCGACAAAUCUGACCUGAAACGCUUCAUUGCUUGGGCAGAAAAGGAAUUCGACAUCCCUUGUCUUCAGGAGUUCUUGAAUGCUGUACCGACCGCUGAGCUUGAACCCAUUACCGAGCAAUACGUUCAAUCAGACGAGGUGGAUAUGGGAAUGACUUAUGAUGAAUUGACCACAUUUGGACGGCUACGAAAGGUAUACAAACUCGGCCCUUACGGCAUGUUCCAAAGACUCGUACAUGAAUGGGGCGAAGAAAGAGUGCGAAAAGACGGAGAUCAAGAGCCAGUUUUGGAACCUCGUCAAAUUGCGGAAAAAAUUAAGCACUUUUUUGUAUAUUAUGCUAUCAAUCGCCACAAGAUGACUACCUUGACGCCAUCUCUACAUUGCAAUGAUUACUCACCGGAUGAUAAUAGAUUCGAUCUCCGUCCGUUCUUAUACCCUUCCUUCUGGAAGAGCUGGGGCUUCAAGAAGAUCGACAAGGAAUUGGAGAGGAUAGAGAAGGCGAAGCAGAAGAGAGUAAAGGCUCAAGCUUGA